GAGGAGAGAAAGAGGAUGGAAGGAUGGACACACACCCCAGAGAAGCCGCUGGGCAUCUCUGUGACUCCCUGCAUGCAGCUAUGACACCUGAGUUACCUUUCUGAGGUAAGACAUCUUAACAGAGCCACGGGCACUGUCUGCAAGUUGUGUAUGUCAUCCUGGAAGGACAUUCACUCCAUGCUCUCCACUAAGAGACUCUGCAGCUCACCCUGUGGUGACAGAUGCCAUGUCUUAUUUAAUUCCUAGGUUCUGUAACUCCCCUUUUACAAAUGAGGAUACCCGGCCUCAAACAAACACUCAUUUACCCAAGCCACACAAUACAGAAAAGCUAGACUUUCCACUUUGUUCUGCCUAGCUCAAGAGCCAAGCACUCAGGAGUCUGGGCACAGGGUUGCCACUGAAAGCCAGGUAUAUCAACCCCGUAACUCAGCCAACCCCAGGAAGGCUGGAGUCAGGUGCCCUGGGAAGGGCGCCCACCAGACUGGAUUUGGGUUGGAGGCUGGCUCACCAGCCCAGCUGCCCCACCUCAGGCCUCAGUCUCCCCACUCGGCCAAGGCAGAGAGAGGAUGGCUAGAAAUGAGGGGUCCUGCUCGGCCCGCCCCCGGGGGUGGGGCUGGGAGUGGUCACGUGAAGGGGCGCAGCGCCCGGGGUCUCCCUCCCACUCGACGUCUGGAGCGGUAGCCCGGAGUCAGCGAGGACGCCGCAAGGGCUGCAAACGCGCCGCCACGCCGGGGCUGCUGAGGUCACGGUCGCCGGGGCCUGAGGACUCCCUGUUGUGCCCGCUCCGGGAUAGCUGUGAGGGUGACUGGACCCGCAGCGGCGAAGGCGACGACAGCAGCAGCGGCAGCGAGGACUGGAGCGCGGACCGCAACAGCAGCAGCAGCCACGCCAGCAGCGACACCAUGGAUCUGUCUUUUAUGGCCGCGCAGUUGCCCAUGAUGGGAGGAGCGUUCAUGGACUCACCCAACGAGGACUUCAGUACCGAAUACUCCCUGUUUAGCUCCCCUGCCAACGUCCACGCCACCUCCAAUGGCCACGGCCAGCCAGAGGAGUCUCCUCGCUCCUCCAACGAUGCUGUUCUGCUGUGGAUUGCCAUCAUAGCAACACUGGGGAACAUCGUGGUGGUAGGGGUGGUGUAUGCCUUCACCUUCUGAAGGCAGAGGGGUGUCAAAGCUGUGGGGAAGCCCCUCUUGCACCAGGUUCACUCGGCAAGGCUACCCAAGUGGCUCCAUCUUGUUCCCAGUGGCUGGGGACACACCUGUGUUCUAGACCUAGGCUUGAACGGCCCUGGAGGGGCAGCCAAUGCACAUCUGUAAUUCCCUCCAGGCAGCUCUGAUUUAGAAUAGCCUGUGUUGUCGUUGAUUCAGAACGCCUUGAAGUCGGUGCUUCCGGCUCUGAAAAGCUUGAUGGGUCAAGUCCUUCAAACAGUUCGUGACGUUUCAGUCAGUCCUAGAACACAAGACCAGGCUGAACAUCCUAUCAAGUUAAAAAAAAAAUGUAAACCUGGUUUGGUGACACUUUCCUAGCAGUAAAUUAUCACUUGUAUGUCAGAUUUUCUGCCAGUUUAUUGAACAGUGUGCUGGGACAAGAAGUUUCACAAGUUAGGAUUCCCAACUUUUCAUUUAUGUCCCACCCCUUGGAAUAUGGAUGGUGAUGUUGUGAAAUUGACUUACAAAAGGUACUUUAUCACCAGACAGUUGGUCCCUUGUAGGACCCAAGUGCCUCGGAAAACCCAGGGACUGGGAUGAAGUUUCUGAUCUUUUUAAAACAAGCAGAGGGUACCUUCAAAAUUUAGUUCCCCAGGCAGUUAACCCUUCACCACCCGACCUAAGUCACCCUUUCUUCGUCAAGGACUCAUGGGAGUUAAAGAUGAGUUAGUUGUGUCCUUUAUCAUUGGACAGAUGUCAUGGAGAGGGACAUGAUGGAGUCAGAGAGGCAAGGACUUUCCUAAUCUGGCUGAGUCUGGUCUUCACCCUAGCUAAGCUCUCUAGUGAGCAUGUCCCCACCUCAGCAACUGAUGCAGAGAUGGAAACCCCAGGAGGUGUCCAGCGUGGGGACUUCCCAGGUCACUCAUCCAUGUCUGUGCUGACUCCCCGCAUCUACCACUGUAUCCAGCAUACUUGCAAAUGCUUUGGCCCCAGGGGAAGCUAUUCCAGCAGAGAAAUGGUCCAACCUCUGUAGCCAAGAAGUAGGGGUGUUGGGUGUCUUCUAUGAUGCCUAAGAUCAUCACCAGGGCAGGAUGCUGGGCUGGCAGUUAAGCUGUUGUGUGCUGCAGGUGGGAGUUUCUGGAUGUCUUCUCUGGCUUCCUGACUCUCCAUCAGAACCCUCCUGAGUCAUCACCCCUCCCCCAGUCUUUCCCUAGAGAAAGGGGAGGGACAUCCUCAUGAGAGAACACAGGUCAGGGAUGGGGGCAGGAGUGUGCUGUGAUGUCUUCACAUGGCAACUCUGUCCCAUUGCUGUAUGAGUUACCCCACGGGAGUAGCAGUUGGUGGUCCAUCCCCUACCUUGUAUCCAUGGAGACAGCAGGUUAAAGAGGGAUCUGUGCCUGCUAUGAUGAGAGAGGAAGGGACAGAAAAGAUAAAGACAGCUUCUAGCCUUUGUGAAGUAUCGGCAUGUCAGUGCUUACACACACACACACACACACACAGAGAGAGAGAGAGAGAGAGAGAGAGAGAGAGAGAGAGAGAGAGAGAGAGAGAGAGAGAGAGAGAGAGUUAAACCCAUGAUGAUGUCUCUCUGCUCUCCUGGGUCAGAGCUACAUAUGGUCAUGAUCAUUGGAAGCCCCUUUUGUCUACACGGCAUCAACUGGUUCAUUCUCUCCUGUCUCCUGCAGUCUCCUGUCUGAACUUCCUCACCACAGAUAACAGUAGGGAGUAAAUGACAGGUUCCAACCAGAAUAGCCAAAGUGCACCUCACUCCCCCUCCUGUCUCUGCUUCAUUCUGUCUUGGUCGCCAGGAAAGGGACAAACAGGUCUGAGCUUGGUGCUCCACUACCAUGAGCAGGCACGGUGCUAGAUUUCCGUGCACGGCCUCCGUCCCCUCACCACAACAGUGCCCAAGUGCACAGAAAGGAAGUCAGAGGCUCAGAGCAAUGGAGUAACUUUCCUGAGGCCACACAGCAUGGAACUGGGGAUCUGGGAUCGGAACCUGGGAAGUUAGGCUCCGCAGCUGACCCUCUCUGUGGCACUGUCCUGCCCUCUGAGGCUGAUGGCCUCGCUGAGGUACAUUUGAACUGGACUUGAAUCUUCAGAAGGUGUUUCCCAAGGUAUCACACUCUGGGCCAUCCCUGGGUCUCAGACCAUCAGAAUGAGUCAGCCUCUGCUUUCCCUAGACUCCAGAGGUGUGGUCCCUUCCCCCGCCCAUUUAAGACUGAUCUUGAGUCUGCAUGUAAGUCUCUAAGGAGGGUGCCCAAGGUAGAAUGUCUUGGGUACAUGUGGAAUGGGCCCCCAAUAAGGUAUGCAAGUCCUAAGAAACUAAACAUUAGGAGGGUUCCAAUGGACAGCGCUGAGGUCAGAGUAGACCUAAGUUGGGCUACAGUCUUUCUGUGAGCCCCAACACUCUCCAGAGCAGAGAAUGUGUAUCUUCUUUGGGGUCCCAGCCAGAACACCAGGGACUUUUCCCUGGGUACGGUGGGUACCAGAGCCUCCUUAAUUUGACAAAAAAGACCUGGACUUUUGUGUAGCUGGCCCUUGCAGAAGUGCUGCAUUUGCUGGGAUGUUCUGUGGUCCAUGAAACACAGUUAAAGAGACUAAUGAGUCCCUUCUCUACCCUGCUCGGAGCGAGCACUGUUCUUUCUUGUAUGAGUUUCUACGGUCCCAGGGAGCAGGCCAGUGUCACACAUCCAGAGAGGCAGCAGGCCAGCAUCUUUUCCUAGCUUGGAUGUCCACCAGCCUACCUUAGCAUUUACUAGGAUCUGUCUGGGAGCCAGAGCCAUCCAGCUGCAGGUGUACUCUUGGUGCACUGGUCCUCUCUUGCAGGAGCAUGGCCUCCCUUUCGUAUCAAUGGGUAGUGAAAUGGCUCAUCUCUCCUGCUGCCUGUCCUACUGACAGCUCAUCUACUUCCCAAGUCAGGGCCAGGGAGGAGCAGCCAGAGAGUGAAUGGCACAUGUGUACCUAUACCAAUCCCUCCUACCCUCUGUCCCCAAUGACUACUCAAUGCAAGGUAUGAAGGAGAGAGUACUGAGCUGUCACUGAGAGACCAGAGGUGCAGACAGAGGUGGAACCCAUCUAAGAAGCCCAGGGGAGUGAAAUUAUGAGCCCUGAAUACUCCCUGUGUCACCUCCUGAUAUCAGAGCUUGAGCAAGAGGUGUCAUGGGGAUAGAGUGAACCAUACAAACAACAGGGCUAAUGGCGUUCACAUUAUUACCAGGGUGGAAAAACCCUGUCAUCAGUCAGGACAGAUGGGGGCUACACAUGUAAGUCUCCAUCAUUUGUCAGGGCUCGCUGUGGAUGCCACCUGUGGGUUUUAGUAGGAAAUAAAACCAGAAAGCUGGGAGGUUGCUCAGUGGGUAAAGCAUAAAGACUCGGGUCCAGAUCCCCAGAGCCCAUGUUAAAUUAAAAGGGGUGGGCACGGCGGUGCAUGCCCCCAAUCCAGGCACUGGAGUGUGGAGAUAGGCGGAGCUUGGGUGAAGCGAGAGACCUUGUGUGGUAGUUUUGUUUUUUAAAGAAAGGGUGAAUAAGUGAUUGCGGAGGAACAUGAUGUCAGCCUCUGGCCUCUACAUGCAACUGCAUGGACAACAGCAUGUGUGCACACAGACACACAUAGACAAGGCAGAGAGAGGAGGGCAGCAGAGAGGAGGAUCAGGGCUCAGUCUUUGGGUAGACAGCAUAGGUGCAGCCUGCCCAGGACAACCAGGCACAGUGGUGUCCUUGUGCCUCCUAAGCCACAGCAUUGAGAAGGCAUGGCCUCCGCCUCCGGUUCUCCUUCCAGCCAACUCCUGCCUCAAAAGGUUUCAGAGCUGCUUUCCCAUGGGUUAAAUCCUAUGUGUGCUCGGUGUGCAGGGAGUGUGCAUGCUUUGGCCACAGGGCACUUCAGAGCCCGGGGUCUACCAGCCCUCUGUCUGGCAGAAUAGUCUGAGUCGCUGUGUCUGCCUCCUGGAUUCUUUCUCCAUUUUCUAGACUCGCAGACUGUAUGCAGCCACACAUGGAUGAGCGUAGCUAUGCAUCCCAUCCGACACAAAAUCAUACACUUAAAAUAUUAUGAGGCUUUUGUCUUUCAUAACCCAGUCUGGGGGUGGAAACUUUGCAGAUGGCGUCACUGUUGAAAUGCCAAAGCACUGGACUGGGCAUCACUGCUUUUGCAAUUCAGAGUAUUGUCCUGACCUCACCAGUGGUUCUACGUAGAAGCUUGCAGAGGGCAUGGGAGCCCAGCCUCUGGUGGGUUUGGGGACAUUGCCAGACGGUACUGGUCAACAGAAGAACAGAGUCUUGUCCCCAGAUCGCCCAGCCACAGGACUCACAUGGUUCUUCAGUUCAGGCACCUUGGUUCCCCAGAGGACAUUUGGCAAUGCCCAGAGACCGUUCUUGUCACAAUGCACAGAAGAGAGAAGACCGACUAGCACCUAGUGAGUGGAGGUCAGAGAUGCUGCUUAUCCUCACACAAGACGGACCCCGUGGCCAAGUGCUGCCCGCCCCCAAAUGCCAACAGUGCGGAAGAUGGGUGAUCCCAUUUAGACCUAAGAGGCCAAAGCAAAGGGGAAUUCUCAAAAGCUCCAACGGUCGUGCAUGAGUCACCUGUGGAACAGAGCAAAUCACAGCAGUGAGCACCAUGGCUGUCCCAAGCUGAGAAAACUCCAGGAGAGGGACUGUACCUUGGAAGCCCACGUGACUGUUUUCUUUUGGAAAGAUCCCUACCUAUGUGGAAACAACCCUACAAUAUAGCAGAAUGCUGAGGCUGAACUUGUCCCCCACCGGUGGCUGUGUGUCAAGGACCUCCAGUGUCCGGCCCUCACCAGUGCGCCUGAGAAACACGGUUGGCAGAGCGAUUCUGACGGGUACAGAAAGACUGGGGAACAGGAACAGCCUCCCCGUGUCCUCCAGCCCUGCUCCCCAAAACUGCAGGCAUACUAACUCUUUCUACUAUCUAAAUUCUUGAGUUCUUCAUGUGGCGAGCAUCAGCCAAGCUUCUGUGCUUUGUGAUGUUUUCCCAGAGGGCUUGUAAACACACAUAGGUGACAUGAAGUUGUUUUAACGAUUGUUCCAGGUUCUCCCAGUAAGGUACCCUGUUCCCCCGUGUGUUGCUGGCUUCUACUGCAGUGGGAAGACUCCUUGCUGACACAGGACUUCAGCGUGCUCCUUUGAAGGUGUGGCAGUGACACCUCCCCUUGUUAGCUUUCCUGCUAUGGUUGUCAUUUUCUAUUACAGUAAUUAAACAGAAGGGAAGUUUGA